AUGACCCCCCUCACCCAAGCAGACGCAAACAUUAUCUACGACACCACUGACUCGACCCUCGUCCAGACCAUGGCCAUGGUUGCUAACGCAGGUGCUGACGCAGGUGCCGCUGCAGACGCCGCCUCGAUCCCUCAACCCCUGUCUCCUAUUACGCUGCACCACGCCCUCGACAGCACCUUCCCGUCACCAGUCACCACGCAAAAGCCCUCGGCCACACCCACCAGGAUCCUUCCUCGGUCGAUCGAGUCCUGUGUUCAGGAUACGUUGGCCAAGGAGCCAAGCCAGCAGUACGGAUCUUCAUCGUAUUCUGGAUCUUCAUCGUAUUCUGGAUCGGGAUCGAAUGGCCAGCGGCGCAUCAUGACCCCAACCAGUCGUUUGGCCGAGACUGCAGUCGGCGUACGAGAAGUCUCCAAGAAAAUAGGCAAAGUCAAGUGGGAAACCCCCAAGACGGUUAUGAUCGUCACCAAGCCUGGCGACGAGUCGCUUCUAAAGAUUACCCGCGAGAUUGCCAAAUGGAUGAUAGCUUCCCGCGGACUCACAGUAUUUGUUGACCAGCAGUUCAAGGAAAACCCAAAGUUCAAAUACCCAUCUUUUUUGCAAAGCAAGAAGCAUAAGUACGAUUAUACCCACUCCCUCAAGUUCUGGAACGCCGACCUCUGUGCCGAAGAAGCGCAUCUCUUUGAUUUCGCAAUAACUCUUGGCGGAGAUGGAACAGUGCUCUUCACAAGUUGGCUUUUCCAGCGGAUAGUCCCGCCGAUCUUGCCCUUCUCUGCUGGAUCUUUGGGCUUUCUGACGCCCUUCCCGACAAUCGACUAUCAACAAAUCCUUAGCACCUGUUUGGAUCAUGGAGUUCGAGUCAACCUGAGAAUGCGAUUCAGCUGCACUAUCUAUCGGUGCCUUGAGCACAGAGCUGUUGACAUGUCCAAAAAGAAGAAACGGAAGGGAUCUCGUCGCAGGAGUAAGAACAACGCACCCGCCCACAAUGCAGACGAUAGCGACGAUAGCGACGCAGACAGGAGGGCUUUACCCACAGUCCUCACCACACCGACAGAGACGUUUGAAAUCUUGAAUGACCUCGUUCUUGACCGAGGACCAAGCGCCAACCUCAGUUUGUUGGAGCUUUUUGGCGACGAGGAACACUUGACAACGGUUCAGGCAGAUGGAAUUGUCAUUUCAACCCCCACUGGAUCGACGGCCUACUCUCUUGCUGCAGGCGGCCCAUUGACUCAUCCCGAGAUUCCAGCGAUUUUAAUUUCUCCUAUUUGCCCCCAUACCCUGAGUUUCCGACCCAUGUUGUUGCCUGAUUCAAUGGAGCUUCGCAUCUGUGUGCCCUUUGAUUCGAGAUCGACAGCAUGGGCUAGUUUCGAUGGUCGUGGCCGAGUGGAACUGAAACAGGGUGACCAUAUCAAGGUCACGGCGAGUGUGUACCCUUUCCCAACAAUCUGCUCGAGCACUCAAUCUUCAGACUGGUUCCACUCGCUCUCGCGCUGCCUUCGAUGGAACGAACGGGAGCGUCAAAAGGGAUUCACGGUGGUGGAGCACAGUCGUCCCAAGAGGACUCGACAGGCUUCGUCGUCGAUACUUUCGCCUCCUAGUGGUCGACAAAGCGUAGGACCAGGAGAAGGUCACCAGACACCCACAGCAGGAGUGCCUCCAGGAAUCAGCAAUCAUAUUUACAUGCAGGGUGGCUCAGCUUCCAGCCCAAACAUUGACAACGCAGCAAACAUCCCACCAACUCCACAGCAUCAAUUCCAGGGACAAGGUCAAGACUUGCAUCAUGUGAGUGGAAACAGCAGUGCGAGCAGCUCACGAGUCAGGCUACCUAACCUGAGAUCAGGAAUGACAAGCCCAGCCAUCCGGAGGACGGGCAAUGGAGGACAGGCUUCCGAGUAUUUUGACCACUCACCGCAGGACACGGAUACUAUGUUGACUUGCUGGGGCACCGAUACGAGUGAGAGCGACGAGGACGAUGAUGACGAUAGUGACGUCGGAUCUCAGGAGAAGGAGUGUGCCGAGGAUGGCGAUGGAGAAUGGGAAGAAGGGACGAGUUCAGAGGAGGACGAUGACGAUGAUGAUGUUGAUAAUGCUGCAGCGCAUCGCGAGGCAGGUCUGAAGGGCGGUGGUAACCUAGAUAGAGCGUCGUUGUCGAUAACUGAUAUUACGCACGGAUCGGGACCUAUCAAGGCGUUGGCAAAAAAGAUGCAGCGGGCUGCUAUUGGGUCUAAUAGUUCUGCGACGGGUACUGGAUCAGGGACCGAUGGUACCGAACGCGGCCCUUCGCCCACGUCUACAACUCCUGCUGCACCCAACUCGAGUCCCUCCUCGGGCUCCAAUCCGCAAAGUCCUUGGGAUAAGCCAGUGGAUGUUGCCAGGGCUGUUGAGGUUAUUCGCGACUGGCAACCUGAUCUCGUCACCAUGGUGCAUUGUGAUACGCCGACGGGAACGUUGAACUCGGAGGCUGUCCGUCUGGUCGGUCAGGCUUGCGCCAAUACUGACGCCUUGUUCUACGUGGACAUUGUCAGUUCUGCGGGCGCCGUGCCAGUCGACGUUUCUGGCUGGAACAUCGACAUUGGCUUGCUCGGUUCGCAAAAGGCGUUCUCGUUGGAACCGUCAUUGGGGAUUGUGACGGUCAGUGCUAAAGCUUGGAAGCAGAUCGAGAAGGUCAACUAUGGCGGAUAUGACGCCCUCCUCCCCUUCAAGUCCUUGCAGAAGUCGGGCGUGUUCCCGUACACACCUCUGUGGUCAGCUCUGGACGCAAUGCAACUGCAGCUCAAAACCGUGUACGGAGCCCACAACGAGCUCGCCACAGGAGUCUACAAACGCCACGAGGAAGUCGCGCAGUACUGUCGUGAACGUGUCAAGAAGAUGGGGUUGAAGCUUUGGUGGGAUGGCCAGCACGCCGAGUUCAACUCGCCCUCUGUUACGGCGAUUCGGGUUCCUGAGGAUACUACCUGGGAGGAGUUGGAUCAGAAGUUGAGGAAGGAGGGUGUUAUCUUUGGUGGGAGCUACGGAGAGACGGCCAAUGCAUUGUUCAGGAUUGGACACAUGGGCACCCAGGCAGAUAUGAAGACUGUUGCCUAUGCCCUUGACGUUCUUGAGAAAAUUAUCUCUCAAAAGUAA